CAGGCACGGUUCAGAGUUAUUUUAGUACCUUCCAUCUGCUUAAAUCUGAAGCUAAAUACCUUGCUUAAAGAUUAUGCUAAACUAAUUGAUGCUAGCAUAUCAGUACACCAUGUGCCCUCAUACUUUUCUACUGCCACGGUGGGAGGGCUGACACCUAAUACUCUUCUAAUUUAUUUGAGGGCCUGAAAGACAGAGCAGUAUCAUCUUGCUUUUGACAACAGAAGUCACACAGCUUUGGUUGAAUUUUUUAUAUAUAUUGACAAAUUAUUUACUAUCUGCUUGUACAUGCUUUGCAUUGCUUUUCCAUUUUCUUUUAUGCUUAUGCAUCUUAUCUUUACUCAGAUGGAUAAUUCUCAACAACAAUAUCUAUAUUACUGUAUGUGGAGGCAACGCACACUACUUGUCCUUUUUGUAAUGUUGGUCCUUUGGUGGAGCAAGAAAAAAGAGAGGAAGAAUAGAGCUAAACGUGUCAAGUAUGGUCCACUUGUCAAGAGAGAUAUUUGGAGGAGUACUGAACUAAUUAGACUGAUCGACACCUCGGAAAGGACGUGUUUGCGCCAGCUCAGGAUGUAUCCGGCCGUUUUCUACAAGCUGUGUGCUCACCUUAGGGACAAAAAGCUUUUGGCUGACACAAUUCAUGUGUCCGUAGAGGAGCAGCUAGCUAUGUUUCUGAAAAUUGUUGGGCAAUAUCACACUCAUUCCUCUGUAGGAUUUGCAUUGUGGCGAUCUGAAGAGACAGUGAGUAGGUAUUUUAACAUCGUCCUAUGUGCCCUUGUGAAGUUAGCCCGUGAAAUAAUCUGCACUCGGUCUACAGAUACACAUGCUAAGGUCACUACCAACCCAAACAAAUUUUAUCCCUACUUUGAGGGAUGUAUAGGGGCACUAGAUGGCACCCAUAUUAGGGCACGUGUGCCUUCAAAAUAUGUGGACAGGUUUAGGGGCCGCAAGCCAUAUCCCACACAGAAUGUCCUAGCUGCCGUGGAUUUCGAUCUUAGAUUCACGUAUGUUCUAGCAGGGUGGGAGGGAUCUACUCAUGAUUCUGCUGUAUUGCAUGAUGCCCUAUCUCGACCAAACGGUCUCAAAAUUCCAGAAGGAAAAUUUUAUUUGGCUGAUGCUGGGUAUGCCACCAGGCGGGGCAUAUUGCCACCCUAUCGAGGUGUUCGCUAUCAUCUGCAGGAGUUCCAUGGUCCGAAUCGUCCAACCUCUCCAAAAGAGCUGUUCAACCACCGUCAUUCCUCACUGAGGACAACGGUCGAGCGAGCCUUUGCAGCUAUUAAGAAUCGUUUCAAGAUUCUUAGUAAUAGACCUUUCGUACCCUUGAAAUCACAACCCAAGGUGGUUAUUGCUUGUUGCGUCAUUCACAACUGGAUUUUAGACAACGGACCCGGUGAGUUUGUAGAUGACGAACCGACUUGGUACAACCACCUGCCAAGGAGUAGCAAUCGUGUCUCCGACCGAGAGAGUGAUGUACGCGAGUGGGCAGCCAAGCGUGAUUCGAUUGCCCAACAGAUGUGGAAUGAUAGAGAGAGAUUGGCGAACAAUGAUGCUUCGGACAGCGGGAGUAGUGCUAGUACCAUUUGAAACUACCUUGCUGUAGUACAUUUCCCUCAUUUAGCAGUUUAGACAUUUUGUGUUAAUCUAGCUCUGUAAUUUUCUUUUCCAUGUAUUGUGCAACUGUACUUUUAUUUUGGAAUGUACUGUUGGGUAAUGUAUGGAUUGUCUGCUUGUGCUGAAACCCUUGUAUAUUCGCUGACAUAAUAGCAUAUUGACUUCUGACCUUCAUUUAUAGAAUGGGUGAGCAAAAAGAAGGUGCCAAGCGUGAGGUUGCUCGCUCUCGUGAUAAUUACAUGUCAUGGAGUGAUGAUUGUACCAAGUAUAUGCUUGAGUGGUAUAUCGAGAAGCAAAGGGACAAGCCACCAACCUUCAAGUGGAAGGCACAACACCAUCUACAAUGUGCUAAUGAUUUGAAUGACAAGUUUGGAAUUACAGCUACAGCGAAACAAGUUGAUCGACACUUUAGGUCAUUCAAGGAGAAAUGGAAGUGGAUAAAGCUAGCAAAGGGGAGGAGUGGAUAUGGCUUCGAUAAAGUACUUAACAAAUUUAACAUUGACAAGUCAGAGAAAUCACCAAGCAAGCUUGGC